AGCCCACGGGAACCAGUAUAGCAUUAGAACAAGGGAAGAAAAAAGGAUGAGAAAGAAAUGAACAUCUAUUAGUGGGUAGAGCCCACGCACACAGAGAAAAAGAAGUCCAUUAGAGCCCAUUCUGACUAACCACGACACGCAAUCCAUCGGAGAUCUCUGCAUCGCCGCCGGCGCCGGCUGCGCCAUGCUCCGCCGUCUCCUCUCUUCUCCAUCCACCUCAACCUCCACCUAUGCCAUCUUCCCACUCCGCCGUAUCCUCUCCGCCGCCGCGCCCCACAUUUCCCCAAAUCCCAGUGGCUUUGCCGUCGAGGAGUACCUCGUCGACACCUGCGGCCUCACCCGGCCCCAAGCCCUCAAGGCCUCCAAGAAGCUCUCCCACCUUAGGUCCCCCACCAAGCCCGACGCCGUCCUCGCCUUCCUCGCCGGCCUCGGCCUCUCCGGCGCCGAUGCCGCCGCCGUCGUCGUCAAAGACCCGAAGUUCCUCUGCGCCAAAGUGGACAAAACCCUGGCCCCCGUCGUCGCCGGGCUCGCCGGCCUCGGUCUCUCGCGUCCUGAGAUCGCCCGCCUAGUCUCGGUUGCCCACUGCUACUUCCGAACCAGGCCCAUCGUCUCCAAGACGCACUACUACCUGCCCCUCUUCGGCUCCUUGGACAACUUCCUCCGGGCGCUCCAGCGCUCGCCUUGCCUACUCUCGUCGGACCUCGGCAAGGUGAUCAAGCCCAAUGUCGUGUUCCUGCGGGAGUGCGGCCUAAGUGACUGCGAUAUUGUCAAGGUGUGUAUCCCUGUGCCGAGGAUGCUGACCACCGACCCAGAGCGCGUCCGCGCGAUGGUGGCAUGUGCUGAAAGAUUAGGCGUGCCUCGUGGCGCUGGGAUGUUCAGGCCAGCGCUACAGGCUGUCGCGUUUCUCAGCGAGGAGAAGAUUGCCGCCAAAGUGGACUACUUGAAGAAUACAUUCAGGUGGUCUGAUGCCCAAGUGAGCAUUGCUCUCUGUAAGGCUCCGUUUAUCCUGAAGAAGUCGAAGGAAUCUCUCAAGCGUAGGUCCGAGUUCCUCUUCUCUGAGGUGGGGUUGGAACCCGUGUACAUUGCUCAUCGGCCCAUAUUUCUCAGUCUUAGCCUGGAGGGCCGGGUCAGGCCCCGGUACUAUGUUCUCAAGUUCCUCAAGGAAAAUGGAUUGGUAGAUCGUGACCUGAGCUUCCAUACUGCAGUCAAUAGGCCUGAGAAGUUUUUCGUGGAGAAGUUCAUAUGCCCUCACAAGGAAGCCGCACCGCACCUCGCUGAAGACUAUGCAAUCGCUUGCAAAGGGGAAGUGCCAACUAAAACCAAAAAUGGGCCAAGGAAAUUGGUUACUGCGUAUGGCACAACAUAGUUUUCACCCUGCCUGCGUGUAAGCUGUUUGGUGUUCUUUGCCUAAGAUGAUUUGGUUGUUUUCUGUAGUAUGCCUGUUACAUGCCAGUUAGUCAUUGCUAAAUGCUAACUCCCUAUGAAACUGAUAAUUUGAUUCCUGAACCCCCCCAUAUAUGUUGA